UGGCAACGGAGGCAGCCAAUCAGCGCGGGGCCUCCGCUCCGCGCUGACAACAGCGGCUCUGCGCGGUGGGUUCCUGACCGACCUGUGAGCGAUGCUGAAGGCCAAAAUCCUCUUCGUGGGGCCCUGCGAGAGUGGCAAGACGGUGCUGGCUAACUUCCUGACGGAGUCUUCGGACAUUCCUGAGUACAACCCCACCCAAGGCGUGAGGAUCCUGGAAUUCGAGAACCCAAAUGUCAUCAUGAAUAGCAAAGGCGCUGGUUGUGAAUUCGAGCUCUGGGAUUGUGGCGGAGACCCCAAAUUCGAGUCGUGCUGGCCGGCCCUCAUGAAGGACGCACAGGGCGUGGUGAUUGUCUUCAAUGCCGACAUCCCCAGCCACCUGAAGGAGAUCGAGAUGUGGUACUCGAACUUCGUGCAGCAGCAGCUCCUGCAGGACAGCCAGUGCCUGCUCAUCGCGCACCACAAGCCGGGCUCCGGCGGCGACAAGAGCAGCCCGCCCCUGGUUCCGCCCUUGAACAAGCUGAAGCUGGUGCACUCCAACCUGGAGGAUGACCCGGAAGAGAUCCGGAUAGAAUUCGUCAAGUAUUUAAAAAGCGUCAUCAACUCAGUGUCCGAGAGCCGAGACCGGGAGGAGAUGUCCAUCAUCACCUAGCUGGCCUCGCGGGUGCCUCCACGUCCAUCAAGUGAGAGCCCAUGCCAGGCAGAGCCCACACACUGCCCAGAGCGCAGGCUGCUGUCUGCCAGCACC